AUGGCUACAACGCUCAAGCAAGAUUCCUUAUUUCAAGAGCUGCCACAGAACAAUGAGUUCAUAAUCGACAGGUUUUGGACAUCUUAUAAGAAGGCUGCAAAAGAGCACGAUUGCACUUUUUUAGAGCGGAAUGGCAGGGAUAUGGACAUCAUACUCAUUUCUUCUGGUCUCUUUUCCGCUGUCAAUACCGCCUUCAUUAUUGCCAUGCAACCCGACCCCAUGACCCCCUUGUUGUGGCAGCUCGUUCAGAACACAUCCUUCAAUACCAAUAUCACCAUAUCUCCUCUCGCUGCCUCAGCAGCAAAUCCGCCAAAUACCAUUUGGUUCCAGACCUUUGCAUAUGUUGCAUUGUCGCUCAACCUUCUGGCAGCUUUUGGGGCUGUCCUCGGAAAACAGUGG